AUGAGCGUUGACGACGAAAAAGAAUUACCCGCCGCGACGUCAACGAGAACAAUGGCAACGCCUCGUGCGUCCCCCCAAAAUGCACCGAGACGAUUGCGUACGGAUCGUUUAGGAACUGAGCAUACGGCUGUACUGAUGACAAAUCCAAUGAGUAUUGCCAUGAUGACAGUGUGGGCCCUUUCAUGCGAGGGAGCGCUGCUGCUCAAUAUAUUGGCCGACGUGUUUCAGAGCCGGGCCCCUGAGUUCCCACUGGUGCCCACCAUUACUACGAGCGUUGGGCUGAAUGUACUAUGUGCCUUCCUCACUCUUUUACUUGGACGACUGUCUUUUCGGGGCUUUUAUUUUUACCAACCUUUUGCUGGGGGUCAAUCGUUUGUGGUGAUGCAGGGCUUUGGGUACGGUAUAUUGGUUGUUGCAAGUGUUCUUCUUUUUUUCUAUGUGGAGCAGGUUGGGACUACUUUAGCCGUUUUCCGUUAUGGAACGUUAACUGUCUUGGGUUGUUUUAGCGCAUUGGCGGACAUCAUAUUGAUGACUUCCCUGUUGUUCUUCGUUCCUACGCAGUAUCGGGGAGGGCGUGGUGCAAAAACAAGUCAUUUAACCACCGAUGAUGCAGCGGUGUGGUGGCAUGAUCUUUCCGCAUCCCCAAAUUGCGAGAUUGGUAUUGUUGUGUCAUUUUGUCUAGCCAUACUUAUGUGUUCCUCCUUUGCGGAAUAUUACCCACGUAUUCGUCGUAUGAGUUCUGUCGUUGGUGCUGUGCUUCUCUCCCUCGGCCUUUUCAUUACGCAUGUGGUUGUCGGUCAUACAUACACCCCCGGAUACCGUCUUUUUAUGCCUAAUGCAGGUACUUUUCGAAUGAGUUUGAUGCAGGCGUUUGGUUGGUUUCUCGCGUUUGCAACUUUACAUUUAGAAAUGAUCCUCUACGAGGCAGGCCCUAGUGCGUAUUCAUCGUGGCAUAUAUUGUGUGGAUUAGGCUCUGUAAUUAGCUUGAGUACACUGCUUUUGUUUAUAAGAUUACAUCGCUUUCCAGCCUCUACGCAAAGUGAGAUUUCUUUGGUUGGCGAAUACGGUCCCAUGGUGUUAACUUUAACGAGUUCCAUUCAUGCCGCUGUGGUGUGGGGAUUGGCACUUGUUCUUUCAUCCAACGUUUACGAUCAGGAACCGCAACUACGCCAAGGGCUUGUUAUGUGCCAGACCCUCUCGUCUCUACUUACUUUUGCACUUCCACCUUGUACCCAUCUGUUGGGACGCAUUGCAUUCGGCAGGGAAUAUGAAGUAUGGAUGCCCUUCAAAGGACCUUUAGAGUUUGUGGUGCUGCAAAGUGCUGGUUGGACGUGUUUUGGGGGGGCCAUUUUUUUUGCGACGCUGCAGAUUACCGAAAGUCUUCAUUUUCGAUUUGUUAUCAUUGAAUCCUCCCUUACUGCGCUUUCACAAGGAUUUAUUCAUGCCUCUUUGCAUUUAUUUGAUGAGGGGCGUAAGGGCGGCACGACGAGGAAUAAUGUCUUUACGCCGAACAGAUCGGACGAAAGCGAUGAAGUUGCCGACGCCAAUAGCAUUGAAUAUGAGGAAGCCGCAUUGUGUGAAAUGAAUAGAUCAAUUGUUCCAACGGUGUUAAAUGGGGAAAUGUUGACUUCCAUUUUGCUUUGUUCGAUCGGUCUCAUUAUGCGUGUCAUAGCAGAUGUAGCCGUGGGUAGUGGAAGCGAAAUUGAUGAAGUGAUGCAUAUUCCGACGCAUUCCCUUCUCAAAGUUUCUACCAUUCUAUCUAUUCUUGUUGUGCCCCUUGCACAUGUUUCUAUGCGAAAACGUAUUUCUGUGUGGUGUCCAUUUGUGGGUUGCGGCGGUUAUGUGGCUAUGCAAUCGAUUGGCUGGUCCAUUUAUGCUGUUAAUUUGUUUAUUGUCGUCGCCAAUAGUCUUCACGAAAGGCGUCAAGGUUUUCUGUCGCCUAUUGUGGAUGAGGAACAUCUCUUUUUGGAAUACACCAUGGAGGGACUGCUUAUGACGUUACCGCUUGUAUGCAUUAUUAUUGGGGCAUUUUUUGAGACUCAAGAGCAAACCAGGAAGAAAACUGUUCAAGAACGCAAAAAACAGGAGGUGCUUGAACUUUUUCGCGUCCUACAACAAGCGAUUCCUGACGACGACGAGUUACAACAUGCAGAGGCGUUACUGAGAGCCAUUGCGGGUCCACGAUGGAUGGAACCGCCUGCAACUGAUGGUGCGCGACUCAUUCGGGAGGCUGAGGAGACGGCACAUGCAAGACAGGAGGCCGCAACUAAUAUUGUGACCAUUUUGAGCGUUGCAAGCGCCUUGGCAUUUAUUUCGGCCGCCUUUUUAGCGGAACGUCAGCCUGUUUUUACACUUGUUUUUGGUGCUGCCGGUAUAACGGUGACGACGAUUUCCUGUUUUUCGGUGCAUUAUGUUUAUGGCACUUUUUUGCACCGUGCCUCAGGUCGAUAUUCUUUUUUUAUGCCGUUUUCAGGCGGCCCAACAUUUGUGACCCUUCAGGCAGUUGGAUGGGGAUUCUACACUAUAUCCUCCUUGCUGAUCGCCCUGAGUUGUGCGGAGGGUCGUGGCUCCGCGAUUGUUUUUGUAACUACCGGCGUCUGCAGUGUCAGUGCGCAGUACUGCAUUCUGAAUUCUGUGCCCCGUUUUGAUCCAACACCACGUCCUAUGUCCGUAUUGGAACUUAACGCGGAAGGUAUUUUUGCCGUACUGGUGUUGAUCGGCUCCUUUGCCUUCGCAAUGGUGCAUGACGUGUAUGCCCAAGGCCGUGUCUCGGGCAUUGCAUCAUCGCUUUUUCCUAUUGCAGUUUUGGCGGUAUCCACAUGCUUCGCGGUUCCGUUGGGUCUGGUGUCGCUCAAACGGAAUGCUUGCGAUUUUACCACCUCGCCUUUUUCCAUCUUUGAUAAUCCUAUCAAUUCCGGUGAGGGUGAUAAUGAAAUUGAGAGCAUGCAGUCUGGGGUAGAAUUGUCAACCACCUCAUUAACUGCCGGUUCUACUAGUUCAUCGAUACCCGAUUCUUCGCCUCCGCCACAUACAGAUACUACGCAUCUUCGACAAACAAGCGAGGUAUCUGCUGAAAGCGGUGGCGGCCAUUUUCCGGGGCAUUCAUUUUCACCCGUAGGGGAUAUAUCUUCAGUUUCUUCACGUCAUCCUAGGAAUAGUUUUCGUGAUUCAGUAUACAUGACAUGCUUUAUGGCAGCUGCCGCUUCUGCGAUUUUGGCUUCGACUCUUAUUCCAUUUGCCCUUGUAUACAUUGUUUAUUGUUACGCGUACAGUGGUAUGGCAGCACUUAGUGCAGCUUCUGCAACUCUUCGUAUUUUAUUGUUUGGAUUUGGUGUGGCCGUCAUUGUGCCAGUUUUUGCACCAGGAAGGUCUCGAGGACAGCGUAAAAGUCUGUUUCUUUGUUUUUAUGAGGUGUCCUGCUGUUAUGCCCUAUAUUCAAUUCCAACAGCUGUGGUAGUGUGUUCAUUGGGACUUCCAUUUGUGGUAACGACAUCAGGCGCGUAUGCUUUUUCCGUGAGCAUGGUGGUCAUGUCGUGCUUCUCAACAAUUCCACAUAUCCACCUUAUUUCAAUGCUGGUUAAUGUCUCUUUACUUGGAUAUUUUUGGCAUCAUCAUUUUCACGCCUUCUUGUUGAGAGGCGAGGGAGCUUUUACGCCGUGGAAGUUUGUUGUUGAUACCGUUUUGACUGCCUAUUGGCCUUUAUAUUUCCACCGUUUUCUGGGGCAGCCACGUGUUACGGGACGGUUGAAUAGCCCCAGGUUUAAGCGAUUAUUACGUCGCUGGAUGUUAUGUGCCGUUGCAGAGCACUUUAGCCUUUCUGUCAUUGUAGACGGGAAGGAGUUGAACCGAGGGGAGAAGAAUCAUGCCCAGGAAGACUACGUCAAUUUGAACAACCCCAAAAAUAAGUAUUUUUUUUCGUUUCAUCCACAUGGAAUAUUUCCUGGGACGGCGUUGUGGGUGCCAAAUACGCCUCAAUGGGAAGAGAUUGUGGGAAGCAACACGGAGAACUUUCUCUCUGUGCAUUGUGCCGAUGUGAUUUUUGCCGUUCCGAUGCUGCGCGACUUUGUAUUGGCCCUUGGGUGCUUGACAGUAGCACGCAGAGGAAUUGAGAAUAGCCUUUUGCAAGGCAACAGUGUACUGGUGGUGACAGGUGGACAAGCAGAAAUGCUCUGCAGCAAAUUUAGCGAUACGGAAAUGCACUUUGUAACGCAUCACAGUGGAUUUUUACGUGUAGCAAUGACGCAUCGAGUGCCAUUGGUACCGAUUCUUUCCUUUUCGGAAAAUAAUCUUUUGAGCAACGUAUGUUUUCCCCGUAUGCAGCGCUACACGAUGUCAAAGGUGGGAUUUCCCUUCCCAACCGUGCCGUAUGGAAAAUUUUAUUUACCACUACCCAACAAGCUGCCCAUCACCAUCGUGGUGGGCCGACCAAUUUUGCCCGAGCCUGGCAUGGAUUGCCCAGAGAACCCGGAACAUGUCCAGCGCUAUCAGCAACGUUACUUUAAAUCCCUCGAGGUGCUGUUUUUCAAGUACCGCGCAAAGGCCGGAUACCCAAACAUGACCCUCGUUCUGCAUCACCGCAACGAAAUUCACCGUGUCUCGGCGGCGGCGGAAGAAACGGAAGAACCUACAGGAGGGCAAGAAAAAGAGAAAAAACCAAAAGACUUGGAGUAA